CGGUCGCUGCAGCAGAGACGGGUGGAGCUGCACGCCCUGCUCUUACAGGAACAGCGCUUGCUGCACGGGGAGGUGAAUGCCAACGCUCUCCUGGGCGCGCUGGAGCUGGAAGAGCCCAGCUUGCUGGGUGACUGCAGCAUGCCGGCACCCCUCCUGCCAAUGAAGCCUCGCUUCUCCAGCGAGAGCAGCUCCCGCAGCCGGCUCAGCCUGAUGACCGUGGGCAGCGAGGACAGCUUCUACCAGAGCAGCGCCUUCGAGGACUCUGCGACGGAGAGCCUGAGCCGCCAGUCGAGCAUAGACGACGACUGCUUCUUCCCCAGGGAUGGGGAUGGCGCUGCCGGGGUGUCCUCUCUGCGCAGGAACCGCAGCAUCAGCCUGGCCAGCAGCGGGUCCAUGUCCCCGCUCUGGGAGGGGAGCAGCUGCAGCAGUAGCUUUGGGACCCUCCCACGGAAAAGCAGGAGGUCCAGUGUCCGAAAGCAUCUUUUGAAAUUCAUUCCAGGCCUUCACCGGGCAGUGGAAGAGGAGGAAAGUCGUGUCUGA